AUGAUCUUUAAAUCUAAAUAUCCCGAUGUAACAAUUCCUCAAGUCGGAAUUUAUCAAUAUGUGAUUAGUAAUCCGAAAAAAAUUUCGGACGAUAAAGUUAUUUACGUGGAUGGUAUUACUGGUAAAAGUAUUACUUACGGAGAAUUUAAACAUGAAUCAAAAAAGUUUGCUGCAGGAUUGCAAGAUAAGUUAGAUUUUAAACGUGGAGAUGUAUUGGCGAUAUUUUCACCUAAUCAGGUUGAUUAUCCUAUUGUACUCUUGGGAGCGAUUGCAGCAGGAGGAAAAGUAACGACUGCUAAUCCAAAAUACAAAGUAACUGAAUUAUCGUAUCAAUUAAUCGAUUCGGGUGCAUCAGUUCUUAUUGCGCAUCCAGAUUUUCUUGAAGUUGCUAUUGAAGCUUCAAUCGAAGCAAAAAUACCCACAUCUAGAGUAUUACUGUUUGGUGAUGAAGAAAUAGAGGAAUAUAAACCUUAUCGCUCUAUUUUAAUUAAUGAUCGUGAAAUCGAGCCGGUUUCUUAUACUCCUGAAGAAGCAAAAACAACAACUGCUUAUCUACCUUAUAGUUCUGGAACAAUUGGAAAGCAAAAAGGUGUCGAAAUUACUCACACAAACAUAGCUGUUAAUUUGGCUCAGUUAGCUAGCGCAGAUUGUAAACUUGGUCCCCACAGUAUAAUUAUGGGAAUUUUACCAUUUUUCCACAUUUAUGCGUUAACAGCCCUUAUUCAUGCGCCUUUAACUCAUGGUGCUACUGCAGUCAUUCUUUCAAGUUUCAAUGUAAAAACAUUUUGUGAAUCAAUUCAAAAAUAUAAAAUUAACCAUAUUUAUGCAGUUCCGCCAAUUAUACUUAAACUUAUCGAUGAUCCAUUGGUUCAAGAAUUUGAUUUAUCAAGUGUGAAUAAAAUAAUAAGUGCUGCAGCACCAUUAAGUGAUAAAUUGGAAAAAAAAUUUUAUGAAAUGUUUAAAAUACAAAUUUAUCAAGCUUAUGGUCUUACUGAAACGUCUCCGCUACUACUUCAUUCUGAUACAACAAAGGAUGCAGUUCCAGGAUCUAUUGGUAUUCUUGCUCCAAAUUUGAAAGCCAAAAUAUUGUCAGAAGAUGGUCACGAAUUGGGGUACAAUGAACCCGGAGAAUUGUGGGUUCAUGGACCAAAUGUUAUGAAGGGUUAUCUUAAUAAUAAAGAAGCUACAGCUAAUGUCAUUGACAAAGACGGAUUUUUAAAUACUGGGGAUAUUGGAUUUCAAGUGGCACCUGCUGAACUGGAAGCAGUUUUGCUCACACAUGAUGCAGUUUCUGAUGCAGCGGUAAUAGGAUAUUAUUAUGAAGAAGAAGCAACCGAAAUUCCUAUAGCGUAUGUCUCAAUUAAAAGUGGUUAUGAGCAAUCUCAAGCUUUAGCGAGGGAAAUUCAAUCUUUUGUAGAUGGAAAAGUUGCACAGCAUAAAAAAUUAAGAGGUGGUAUAUUGUUUAUUGACAGAAUUCCAAAAAGUGAGUCUGGCAAAAUUCUAAGAAGAUUAUUAAGAGAGAAGUUAAAGAAUGAUAGAAUGAAUUAA